AUGUUGACCGGUAUUCCAGAGGAGCGCAUCCAGUUCCUCAAGCAAAAUGAGGAGUGGUGUACGAUCGACACACCUGCUCUCAAGAGAAUCACGGAGCACUGUGGGAACGAGCUGGACAAGGGUCUCUCAAAAGAUGGCGGUAGUAUCCCCAUGAAUGUCACUUGGAUAACAAGCUUCCCCAAUGGCUGCGAAGAAGGACGAGUGCUGACCAUAGACAUGGGCGGGACAAACCUGCGUGUGUGCGAUGUAAACCUCCCCGCCGAUAGAAGGGAUUUUGAACAAACUCAGAAGUACAGACUGCCCGAGGCCAUCAAGACGAGCCGUGGAGAACAACUCUGGAAUUGGAUCGCCGAUCGCCUGAAAGAAUUCAUGGAGAAUCGACGCAUCGAUGCCUCAGAGGCAGAAACGGUCUCUUUGGCCUUCACAUUUUCUUUUCCGGUUUAUCGGAAGAAUAUCAGAAGUGGUGUUCUUCAGCGCUGGACGAAGAACUUCAACGUGGCAGGAGCAGAAGGCACGAUGUGGUCCCGCAGCUCGAAGCAGCAUUUUCGAGGAAAGUGA